AUGGCGGAGGAGGCUACUCCCUUCCUCAUGGCAGCUGCAGGGCAAGCGCCGGUGCUGCGCGCACUGGCAGCGGCCAUAACGCUGGGCAGCGGUGCCUCUCUGGGCCCUGAGGGGCCCUCUGUGGACAUUGGUCGCUCUUCUGCGCAGGCGCUCGGCUCCCUCCUGCGCUCCAAGCGCCGCCUCCUUCUGCCACUCAUUGCCGCCGGCUCCGGCGCAGGCGUGGCGGCGGGCUUCAAUGCGCCCAUAUCGGGGGUCUUCUUCGCGGUGGAGUCAGUGCUGCAGCGGCCGGGGAUGGUAAAGGACGAAGCCGGCAGGGCCAUGUCUGCCGACAGCUCUGGCGCCAGUUUUUCAUCUGCCCUCACUGUUGCUAUGGUCCUGCUUGCCAGCGUGGUGGCCGCUGUGGUGUCCCAGGCGGGCUUGGGCGCAUCGCCAGCGUUCAGGGUGCCGGAGUACGAGCUGCAGAGCAUGUUUGAGCUGCCACUCGUGCUUGUCCUGGGCGCCCUCUGCGGCCUGGCAUCCGCGACCUUCAAGGCCUCCAGCCAGGUCAGCGACAGAGCAUUCAAGCGGAUGGAGGAUGCAUCCUCGGGGGUCAUUGGCAAGCAGGCACAGCACAUGCUGUGGCCUGCUCUGGGCGGCUUGGCCACAGGUGUGGUGGCGCUAGCGUAUCCUGAGGUGCUGUACCAGGGGUUUGGAAAUGUGAAUGCGAUACUGGAGGCUCGCGGCGGCGAUUACGCGCCGCUGCUGCUGCUGCAGAUCGUGGCCGCCAAAAUAGUGACCACCUCUGUGUGCCAGCGCUCUGGCCUUGUCGGGGGCGUCUAUGCCCCAUCCAUCUUCAUGGGUGCUGCCCUGGGGUCGGCCUUUGGGGGCAUUGCAGCAGUGGUGGGAACGCCGCUGGGCCUGACAGUCACUGCUCCCCAGGCCUAUGCCCUGGUCGGCGUCGCUGGCAUGCUCGCAGCCCUGUGCCAGGUGCCUCUGACGGCGGUGCUGCUGUUGUUUGAGCUAACGCAUGACUACUUCAUCAUCAUUCCCACGCUGGCGUCUGUGGGCAUCUCCUACUGGGUCGCCUCUUUCCCUGUGGCCUCCCUGCUGCAGCCCCUGUCCCCAGUCUUCCGCCUGUGGCCCUCUGACAUGGCCUCCCCCUUGUCGACCUCAGCGCAGUCCCGCACUGCCAUGAGCGACGAUGUCUCGGCAGCCGUCAGCGAUGCGCUGUCCUCUCUCCCAGCUGACAGCGUGCCGCAGGUGAAAGCCAAGCCAGUGCCGCAGGCGAGCGCAGCAGAGGAUGAGGCCGGGCAUACUGGCAGGAUCAGCUCUCUCGGCAGGGGCGGCGGCACCUCCGUGUCGUUCUCUGGCGCCUCGGUGCUGAGCGGCACAAAUGGCAGAGCUGUGCAGGGUGCGGGUGUAAACAGCGGUGGCGCUGGUGGGAAAUUGAGGGAGGUAGAUACGGGGAUUGGGCUGGUGGGCAGCCUGCCGAUACGGCCCAAGGACCGGCAGGUUGACGAUCUGACAGUGCUGUGCGCGCUGCGCCAGGCGUGCGUCAUGCUGACACCAGACACCUCCCUCAGCGAGGCCCUGCAGGUGAUGGAUGAGGCUGGGGAGUCUGUGGCCAUGGUGCUGGAUGAUGGAGGGUCCAUCAUUGGAGUCCUCACUCGAGCCUCGGUCGAGGAAGCCCAGCUCGCAGCUCAAGCCCAAAAAAUCCUGCCCACAAACUGA